CUAACACACAGUAGGGCAAAGCGGGGCGGUUGGAUAGUUUAGAUUAUUAAUGUCACUUGAUUUUGUGAUCGUUUACAGUACGACUAACCAAAAUAAAGAACGCAUAUUUGUACAGCGUUCGCCUGUGGAAUACAUUUGUACAGCGAAUGCAAAGUCCCAGUGCUUUUUAAGUUGGCAUGUCGCGGGUCAACCUGCAGUUUGAUUGGUUUGGUCUUAAGCGCAUUAGAUUGCUCUGUGUGUGUGUCUGUGGGAGUGUGUGUGCGUUUCUGUGGACUGGCACCAGUUGUAUGUACCCUUUGAAGUCUUCGGUGUCACAAGUAUAUUUAAGGAUGAGCGGAAAUCUGAGAGAUGCCUAAAGGGAGCAAAGAACCAGGGACUGCUACAGUAAAUGGCAAAUCACAAGUCUCUGAAGAAACAAAACAAAAUAUCCAGAACAUCUCUGAUAACAAUGCAGUCAGAGAUGGUAAAGUGAAACCAGAAGUUAAUAAUGACAUGGUACGAUCGUCAAGUUACACAGUUGCUAACAAAGCACAGAUGCUUGCAAUGCCCCAGUUUGAAUUGAGAGACAACCUUAUUAAGUGUGAAUUGUUGAAAAGGGAGGAAUCCUACACUUUUACAAAAAACUACAGGUUUUUUGUUGGUACUUACAAUGUUAAUGGGCAGUCUCCAAAAGAAAGCUUACUUCCUUGGCUGAAAGGUGGCAUUGAACCUCCUGAUAUUUAUCUUGUAGGGUUUCAAGAACUUGAUCUCAGCAAAGAAGCAUUUAUCUUCAGUGAUACUCCCAAGGAGCAGGAGUGGUCAAAAGCUGUAUAUGAGGGUCUGCAUCCAGAAAGUAAAUAUGCUAUGAUUAAGGUGAUCCGCUUGGUGGGCAUAAUGCUGCUUUUUUAUGUAAAGAAGGAACUUGCUGAAUACAUCUCUGCAAUUGAAGCUGAAUAUGUUGGUACAGGAAUAAUGGGAAGAAUGGGUAACAAAGGGGCAGUAGGCAUCAGGUUCAAUUUCCAUAAUUCAUCCUUAUGUAUUGUGAACUGUCACUUAGCAGCACAUACAGAAGAAUAUGAAAGACGUAACCAGGAUUUUAGAGACAUCUGUAGCAGACUGACUUUCAGGUCUUUUGACCCAGUUCUUCCAAAUCUGCCUAUCAUGAAACAUGAGACUGUCCUUUGGUUUGGUGACCUAAACUACCGGAUAAGUGACGUAGAUGUUGAGCAAGUCAAAAAACUCAUUGAUGAAAGAGAUUUUAAGACUCUUUAUAAGUACGACCAGUUAAAGAAGCAGAUGGAAGAAAAAGCAGUGUUUGAUGGUUUUACAGAAGGAGAGCUCACAUUUCAGCCAACUUAUAAAUACGACACAGGAUCUGAUCAGUGGGAUACAAGUGAAAAGUGCAGAACUCCAGCCUGGUGUGACCGUAUUUUAUGGAAAGGAAAAAGUGUGAAGCAGCUACAAUACAGCAGUCACUUAUCUUUGAAAACUAGCGACCACAAACCUGUCAGCUCAAUUUUUGAAAUUGGGAUAAAAGUAGUGAAUGAAGAGUUAUACAAAAAGACUUUUGAGGAAAUAGUGCGAUCACUGGAUAAAAUGGAAAAUGAAUGUAUUCCUUCAGUUUCUCUUUCAGAGCGUGAGUUUUAUUUCAAAGAUGUAAAGUACAUGCAGCGACAGGUUCAGACAUUUACCAUAUACAAUGAUGGACAAGUUCCCUGUCAAUUUCAGUUUAUUCAGAAGCUGGAGGAACCUGCUUACUGUAAACCAUGGCUCACUGCACAGCCCUGCAAAGGUUUCGUUGCUCAAGGUGCAAAAUUAGAAAUUGAACUUGAAGUGUUUGUAAAUAAAACUACUGCCACAAAGUUAACCAGCCAAGAAGAGAAAUUAGAAGAUAUAUUAAUUCUGCACCUAGAAAGGGGUAAAGACUACUUUGUUCCUAUUUCUGGUAAUUAUCUCCCAAGUUGCUUUGGAUCUUCACUACAAGCAUUGUGCUAUAUGCGAGAACCAAUCCAAGAUAUGCCUCCAGAACAUAUUCAGCAAUUUACCUUGAUGCCACUUCAUCCGCAAACUGAGCCCAGCAAUACUUUAGAAAAGCAACUGGACAUUCCCAAAGAAGUGUGGAUGUUGGUUGAACAUUUAUACAGAAAUGCUUGCCAUCAGGCAGAUCUGUUCCAACAGCCUGGUCUCAGGACGGAGUUUGAGGAAAUUCGUGACUGCUUAGACACAGGAAUGCCAGAUUCUCUUCCUGGUAGCAAUCACUCCGUAGCAGAAGCUUUGCUGCUGUUCUUGGAUGCUCUCCCUGAACCUGUCAUCUGCUAUUCACAUUAUCACAAGAGCCUUGACAGUUCUGGUAGCUAUACGCAGUGCAAACAGGCCAUCUCCACCCUACCUCAGUGCCAUAAAAAUGUAUUUAAUUAUUUAAUGGCAUUCCUUCGAGAACUGUUAAAAUAUUUUAUGUUUAAUAACUUGGAUCGCAGCACACUUGCAAGCAUUUUUGGAUCUUUGCUGCUGAGACCACCUCCUGGAAUCAAACAAGAUGCUACACAAAAGAAAAAAGUACAGGAAUUCAUUGAACAUUUUAUAUCAAAACAAGAAGAUGUAUCUUGAAGAAAACCAUUUUAAGCAUUUUUUCUAAUCGUUUAAAUAUUUAGUAUUAUUAUUUUUCUAUAAAUUAUGAUAAUUGAGAAAAAAAUCAUUGUUAUGGUAAAGAAUACAACAUGAGCAUUUUCUGCUUAUUUCAUGUGAGUUUUCAUAAUUCAGAAAUUCAAAAUGUUAAAAGCAGUAUAGACUCUGCAGUAAACUGACAUUUAUGUAUAUCUUACUCAUUAUUGAGUACAAAUGAAGAUAAGUAAUUCAAUGUAAUUUAGUGGUAUUGAUUUUGUGCAAAUUUUUAUACUGUAGAUGUACUGUAUAUUACUGUAAAUAUAGAAAGUGUUUAUCAAUCUUCCUUUUAUAAAGCUUGUUUUACAUGAAUACAGUGUACAGUAAAGGUAAAUGAAAUAUAUUGCAAUAUGCAUUACAAUAAACCAGUGAGCACAGUAAAACUGGAGCAGAAUUCAGAUGUGUGU